CGAAAUAAUAAACAUGCUCAAUAAUUAUCUUCACACUCUUUCUAAGUCUUAGCAAUGGUCACUCGUCUUUGUUGAUUCGCCAUACACUGCAGUACUUUCAGGUCGCAUUACAUGGGCAUUACAAUGAAAGGCGCAUCAUUGUCUCUCGAACAUCUUCCUACGGAGCUUCUGGAAAUAAUUGCUAUACAUGUGUUGCAGUGUAGCUCCCUCGAAUCUUUGUCAUGCGUUAAUAGAGCAUUUCGCUUCAUUUGUCUGCCACAUAUGUUCGAAAAGUUGACGGUUCGGUUCUCACUGAUUGGCAUGGAGAAAUUGCAACAGGUCUCUCUUUCAUAUAUCAGUAACUAUGUAAAGACGAUUUGCUACAAGGCUUCAGAGAUCAUUGAUCCAUUGGUUCAAUGUCCCCACUAUUUCAGCACGUGUCUAUACACCCCUCUUGAAUAUGUCAGGGAUGAAAGGGAGUUCUGUUGGGCCUACCAUGGCAGGCAAAUUACAUAUAAGAGAAUAUACUCUUACUUCAAGGAUCUAUCAGAAGAACAACAAGCGAUAAUUCAAGCGGACCACGACUUCAUGUCAUUCUCCUCUUGCCUUCCUCGCUUCCUGCGACUCAGGUCAUUAGAGAUCUGCUUAACAAAUAAUAUCGAAAAACCCUUCCGUUGGUUUACUGGUCGUAUGCUAGUAGACUGGAAGAACUCUUUUUCAGACCAUCUUGAAGCAGUCCUCCAAGGACUCUGUGCAGCCAGGGAGAACGGUAUUACAAUCCAUACUCUUCAAGUCACUGGGUUCUACUCGAGAUUGCCCUUGGUCGGAUCGAGGGUAUCGAGUCUUGCUGUGUGUGCUUUACACAGUGUUGAAGAACUUUAUCUGGUCGACAGUCCUGGUUUGCUUGAUUUCAUAGCCGCCACACGUUUACCCUCAGUCCGAGUACUCGAGCUGGAAAACUGCUGGCUACAGGUGCCAGAGCUACAGAAGGUUCUUCUUACUCAUGGGAGGACCCUUGAGAUUCUGCACCUGGAGAAUGUUUGGCUGCCUUCGGAGAGAUUUUAUGACUGGGGUGUCUCUUUGAGCUUAGGUACUACUAGUACUGUUGUCGAUGGCAUAUCCAAUAUCCGGACAGGAGAAGCCAUGCGGGAGCUUACUAUUAACCGAAGAGGAAACAAAUAUGAAUAUCGCAGAACUUUUAGUUAG